AUGGUUGCACUGGAAAAACAAUCAUCAUCAUCUUCACGUAAAAGAAAACGUCAUUCUCGAUCUCGAUCACCACAACAUCGUCGUCGUAGUCCAUCACCACCACGCCAUCAUCGACGUCGUUUAUCUUCAUCUCCUCGUCAUCGUCAUCAUCAUCAACGUCGGAGUCCAUCACCACCACGUCGUCCUGCUUCAUCACGUCGUGAACGUACUCCACCACGUUCAACAAAACCUCAGGAAAAACAACCCAAAGAAGAACGAGAUCGUCGUAUACGUGAAAUGCUUGUUGAUGGAGCUGUACGAAAUGAACAACGUCAACAAAAUGUUCGUUCAUAUAAAGAACGUGAUGAACGAGAAGAAAAAGUUAAUGAAUUAAUUAAACAACGAAUAAAGAAAAAAAAUGAUUCAUCAUCAUCUGACGAUGAAGAAGCAGACUUUAUUCGACCUAUGAUGAAACAAGUUAUUGAUGAUCCAAGUUUAAAGCGAAGAGAUCUUAAACAUCAUCAUAAUAAACGACGAUAA